AGUUCUACAAGUCAUUAGCUGUGUUAUUGAUCUUGCUGCAAAGACCUACAAAAAUGAAUCCUUCAUUGCAGAACCUUAAUGCUCUUGGCAGUGGGGCUAGCAUACAGAAGGCAACAACGAGGUUGUCAACAUUACCUAUAAAUGAGAAGUUCAUAAUACUACGGGCAAAAAGGGUUACUACACCAUUUGGUCCAGCGGUGCUUGUGGAAUUAGAAAGCACAAAAGCCUUUCUUCCUACUCGGUUUUCUAAGAUGAGCGAGGAAGAUUUGGAGUACCUCAACAGUGGAAAAGUUCAUUUAAUAUAUACUGGAAGAGUUGAGGAAAAUAAUAUGGACACAGUUAGUUUUUGUGUAGACUAAGAAGAGUGUUUAUAGUGUGUUUUAUAGAGUGUUUUAUAGUGUGACUAAUUACUUUGCGUUUAGAAAGAAGAAAAAUGUCUUUAGAAUUUAAUAAAGUAUGUGCACAUGGGAAUGUGAAGGUUGUAGAUAUUAAAAGUUUUGUGAAUGAUGGGUGUGACAGAAAGCUUAAAGAUGAGGAUACACUCAACUUCACAUUUACAUUACACAGUGUCAGUGACAAUGUUUUAGAAUAUAAAAGGCUUCUAGAAGAAGUAAUUUUGAAAGCAAUAAAUGACAUGUUCUGUAAAGGUGAGCAUUACUUAGCUUAUCUGAGAUACAGCAAACUCCAAUGUACUUAUGAGACUGAACUUUUCGUAUUCAAUCCAAAUGAACUUGCAGUACACUACUUCAAAGAAUUGUUAUAUAUGUUACAGACAUCUUCGAUAUCAGAUUCUGUGUUCUGUAGACAUGACCAUUGUGAAGCAGAGUAUCAUUUGAAAACAGAUUUCUCAAACAGAGAAAUCAAGUGUGUAUAUUCAAAUUGCAAGCAAUUACUUAUCGGUACAGAUAGACUGUACAAACUGUGGGGGCAUGGCUACUAGUGCUCUACCGCAAAAGCGAAGAAGUGAGGAAGCAGAUGUAGAAUUAGAAUGGACUGAUAAACAAUCAGCAUUCCGAAAACUUAUUUGUACUGGUGAAAUAUAUAAUCACAACAUUCAAGACCCUCAACUUUUUUUGGAAAGGUGUUUUCCAUUGUUUAAGACAAAUGUUGAAACAAAACAUCAGGCUUUGAAAAUCAGUUGUUUUCUUUUGUACAUAUUCCUCUCACCAAUAUCUGCUGAGGAAAAGGAAAUUUAUAUUUCUUCUAAAAAUAAAGAGUUUUUUAUUUCUGAUGGUAUAUAUGCAUGGUACACAGAACAUGUUGUGGAGGCAAUCACGAAAAAAUUUGAUUCAUUUCAAGAGAGAGAUUCAGGUUUAGCAUUAAAGGAAAUUGUAAAGCUUUGUGUAAAUCCUAAUGUAAAUAAAGGCUUUCGAGUUGGGAGGAAUCAUGAAUUGCCUGAUGUAAUUAGAGACAAGAGAGCGGUAGUUAGCAUACAUAGUAGUGAUAAUGAAUGUUGUAAAUGGGCAGUGUUAUGUGCUUUGUAUCCAGUGAAACAGAGUAGAUAUAAGUUGUCUAAUUAUAAAAAAUUUGAAAAUGAACUUAAUUUUACUGGAAUUCCGUUUCCAAUUGAGUUUAAAUAUCUUACUCAAUUCGAGAGGCAGCAUCCAGGUAUAUCAGUUAAUGUCUAUGGAAUUCAGUAUGAUAAUGGUGAUUGGAUGGUUGCAAGGAAAAAUAUUACUCAAAAUAAAGAGUUUAAAUUUGUACCUAUACAUAUAAGCAAACAAAGAUAUAAUAGGCAUCCAAAUUUAUUAGUAUUUCAAACUGAUUUUUCUAAUAUUUAUCACUUCUACUUCAUAACCAAUCUAUCUCGUUUGAUGAGAUCUUCACUAACAAGCCAUAAACAAUCGAUUCACUUCUGUGAAAGAUGUUUGUGUUUCUUUUAUACUGAGGAUAAACUGAAGGUGCAUUUCGAAGAUUGUAUUAAAUUUCGGGCUUUGAGAACAGUAAUGCCAAGUAAAGAAACUAAAACUAUACAAUUUGAAAACUACUGCAAUAACGAAAAGUUACCAUUUGUUAUUUAUGGUGAUAUUGAAUGUAUGUUGCAACCUUUUACAACAUUUCCUCAAAGUAGUGAGAGAUCUCAUUCAGAACCUGUUCAUGUUCAUAUGCCAUACAGUGUUGCAAUGUAUGUACAUUGUACUCAUGAUGAAAAAUAUUCCAAUUUUUACUUCUAUAGAGGGUUAGAUUGUAUGAAGUGGUUUACUGAUAAUCUAAAUGCAAUUUCGGAUAAUAUGUUACAGUACUUUAAGAAUAAAAAGCAAUUACAGAUGAAUGAUCAGGACAAAGAAUUCUUUGAAAACGCUAAAACAUGCCAUAUAUGUAAAAAACACUUCCUUACAACUGAUGUAAGAGUCAAGGAUCAUUGUCAUUUUACUGGAAAAUUUCGUGGAGCAGCACAUCAAUCUUGUAAUUUAAAUUAUAAGCCUAGUAUGAUAGUACCAGUAAUAUUCCAUAACUUAACUAUGAUGCUCACUUUCUUAUAAAAGAUUUAUGUGAAUGCAAGGUAUCUGAUGAGGGGAAGGAAAUUUCAAAAAAGAAUGAAAGUCGUGUCACCUUAAUACCUACAAUACUGAGAAAUACAAGGCAUUUACAAAAUAUGUGAUAAAAGUAAUAGCUGAUAGAUCAUUUGGCUUCAUUAAAUACCGAUUUAUAGACUCUCUAAAUUUUUUAGUUUGUUCAUUAGAAAAAUGUGUCUCAUAUAUGGAUAAAUGCCGUUUACAAUUAACAAGAAAAUACUUUAAUGAUGAAAAUCAGUUCAUUUUAGUAUGUCAGAAAGGUAUCUUCCCAUAUGAGUAUAUCACUGAUGAAAUGAAAUUGCAAGAAGCAAAACUACCUCAGAGAGAACAUUUCCAAAGUCUUCUAACUGGUGAAACUGUAUCAGACUUAGAGUAUAAACGUCCAUGUGAUGUAUGGACUCUUUUUAAAUGUAAAACUAUUGGAGAUUAUUUAGAUAUAUACUUAAAAUCUGAUGUUCUAUUGCUAGCUGAUGUAUUUGAAAAUUUCAGAAAAUUAUGUCUUGCUACAUAUAAAUUAGAUCCUGCUCAUUAUGUAACAUCACCAGGUUUAGCUUGGGAUGCUCUUCUUAAAUCUACUAAUGUAAAAUUGGAGUGAAUUACAGAUGUAACCCAAUUACAAUUUGUUGAAAGAGGAAUCAGAGGAGGUAUUGUUCAUUGCUCACACAGACAUGCUGUAGCUAAUAACAAGUAUAUGAAGAGUUAUGACUCUUCUAAGGAAGAAUCAUUCAUUGGAUAUUUUGAUGUAAAUAAUAUGUAUGGGUGGGCAAUGAUGCAAUACUUACCUGUUGGUAAUUGUAAGUGGUUAACAACAGAUGAGUUACAAACAUUCAAUGUAAUGAAUGUAUUGGAUGAAGCUGGUGUUGGAUACAUAUUAGAAGUUGAUCUGAAGUAUCCCAAAAAAUGUCAUGACCAACAUCAGGAUUUUCCUUUGUGCCCCGAGAAAAUGAAAUCUCCUAAAAGUAAUAGUAAAGCCCCACCUAGAUUAAUGUGUACACUUUAUGAUAAAACGAAAUAUGUUUUACAUUACAGAAAUCUUAAACAAAGCCUCUCUUCAGGUCUUGAAUUAGAAAAGAUUCACAGAAUUCUAUCAUUUUCUCAGAAGGCAUGGAUGAAACCAUAUAUUGAAAUCAACACAAGAAAAAGGAUUCAAGCUAAAAACGAUUCUGAAAAAAACUUUUUUAAGUUAAUGAAUAAUAGUACCUUUGGUAAGACUAUGCAAAAUGUAAGAAAAAUGCGAGAUGUUCGAUUGGUAACCUCAUGGAAUGGUAAGUAUGGUGCAGCAGCAUAUAUUGCCCAACCAAAUUUUAAGAAGAGGGUUAUUUUCGAUGAAUCUGUAGUUGCUAUAGAAAUGGCAAAAACAUCAGUAGUUUUUGAUAAACUGAUUGCGGUAGGAAUGACAAUCCUUGACAUUUCUAAAAUAUGUAUGUUUAACUUCCAUUAUAAUUAUAUGUUGAAAAAGUAUCCUCUACAAAAAGUGAAAAUGUGUUAUACUGAUACUGACAGCUUUGUAUAUCUUAUAUCUACAAGUGAUUUGUAUACUGAUAUCAGACUAAGUUCAUUUUCAAAUUUUUUAUAAUUAGACAACUUAUAUUUAUUCUGUUUCACUGGAUACAAAGCACAUAACACUGCCCAUUUACAACAUUCAUUAUCACUACUAUGUAUGCUAACUACCGCUCUCUUGUCUCUAAUUACAUCAGGCAAUUCAUGAUUCCUCCCAACUCGAAAGCCUUUAUUUACAUUAGGAUUUACACAAAGCUUUACAAUUUCCUUUAAUGCUAAACCUGAAUCUCUCUCUUGAAAUGAAUCAAAUUUUUUCGUGAUUGCCUCCACAACAUGUUCUGUGUACCAUGCAUAUAUACCAUCAGAAAUAAAGAACUCUUUAUUUUUAGACGAAAUAUAAAUUUCCUUUUCCUCAGCAGAUAUUGGUGAGAGGAAUAUGCACAAAAGAGAACAACUGAUUUUCAAAGCCUGAUGUUUUGUUUCAACAUUUGUCUUAAACAAUGGAAAACACCUUUCCAAAAAAAGUUGAGGGUCUUGAAUGUUGUGAUUAUAUAUUUCACCAGUACAAAUAAGUUUUCGGAAUGCUGAUUGUUUAUCAGUCCAUUCUAAUUCUACAUCUGCUUCCUCACUUCUUCGCUUUUGCGGUAGAGCACUAGUAGCCAUGCCCCCACAGUUUGUACAGUCUAUCUGUACCGAUAAGUAAUUGCUUGCAAUUUGAAUAUACACACUUGAUUUCUCUGUUUGAGAAAUCUGUUUUCAAAUGAUACUCUGCUUCACAAUGGUCAUGUCUACAGAACACAGAAUCUGAUAUCGAAGAUGUCUGUAACAUAUAUAACAAUUCUUUGAAGUAGUGUACUGCAAGUUCAUUUGGAUUGAAUACGAAAAGUUCAGUCUCAUAAGUACAUUGGAGUUUGCUGUAUCUCAGAUAAGCUAAGUAAUGCUCACCUUUACAGAACAUGUCAUUUAUUGCUUUCAAAAUUACUUCUUCUAGAAGCCUUUUAUAUUCUAAAACAUUGUCACUGACACUGUGUAAUGUAAAUGUGAAGUUGAGUGUAUCCUCAUCUUUAAGCUUUCUGUCACACCCAUCAUUCACAAAACUUUUAAUAUCUACAACCUUCACAUUCCCAUGUGCACAUACUUUAUUAAAUUCUAAAGACAUUUUUCUUCUUUCUAAACGCAAAGUAAUUAGUCACACUAUAAAACACUCUAUAAAACACACUAUAAACACUCUUCUUAGUCUACACAAAAACUAACUGUGUCCAUAUUAUUUUCCUCAACUCUUCCAGUAUAUAUUAAAUGAACUUUUCCACUGUUGAGGUACUCCAAAUCUUCCUCGCUCAUCUUAGAAAACCGAGUAGGAAGAAAGACUUUUGUGCUUUCUAAUUCCACAAGCACCGCUGGACCAAAUGGUGUAGUAACCCUUUUUGCCCGUAGUAUUAUGAACUUCUCAUUUAUAGGUAAUGUUGACAACCUCGUUGUUGCCUUCUGUAUGCUAGCCCCACUGCCAAGAGCAUUAAGGUUCUGCAAUGAAGGAUUCCUAUCUUAAGAUAUAAUAUAAAUUAUUUCAUCUUUAUGUUAAUGCUUAACUAUGCUUAAAGCAAUAACAUAUACUCACAUUUUUGUAGGUCUUUGCAGCAAGAUCAAUAACACAGCUAAUGACUUGUAGAACUCUAACUUCUCUGAUCUGUGAAUGAGCUUAUAUACACACUCCACCAGGAUAUCUCUAAAGUUACACUUUUUUAACUUAAAAGGUUAUCCAGAAGGUUAGAAGAUGUAAUGCUUUGCAGCUUCUACAAAACUAAAAGGUUAUCCAUCAGGUCAACAUGCUGAAAUGUGACAUCAGCCUGCUGGCUGAUGAAAUUUGUACCCCAUGCAGAGGGUUAUCCAUAGGUCAACAAUCUAGCAGUCUUAAUUAUAACUGAAAGCCAGCUAAUUAAUCUAUGUGAUACCAGCCAGUUGGCAAACGAAAUGUUUACAGAUUAUCCAUCAGGUCAACAGCUUGAAUUGUGACGUCAGAUUGGUGGCUGAUGAAAUUUUACCACAAUCAAAGGGUUAUCCAUAGCUCAGCGAGCUAGUAGUCUUAAUUACACCCAGUAUCUGCUAAAUAAACGAUAUGCAAUACUGGUCUGUUGGUGACGAAAUGUUUACCACAAGCAAAGAGUUAUCUACAUAAGUCAAUAAAAGUAAUGAUUUGUUAACUCCAUGGAGAAACGCACUUUGAAAAGGUUAUUCAUAGGUCACCGAGCUGGUGGUCUUAGUUACAACCAGCAACUCAUAAUUAAUCGAUAAGUGGUAUCAGUCUGCUGCCUAACGAAAUGUUUAGCGUAUGCAAAAGGUUGACAAUAGGGUCAACAAGCUGCUUAAAAAUACUCACCUCUUUAUUAUAUAGCCAGCCCUUGGAGGAGGGAAUAAAGAAGAAGCUGAAACUUCCUGGCAGAUUAAAACUGUGUGCCCGACCGAGACUCGAACUCGGGACAUUUGCCUUUCGCGGGCAAGUGCUCUACCAUCUGAGCUACUGAAGCACGACUCACGCCCGGUACUCACAGCUUUACUUCUGCCAGUAUCUCGUCUCCUACCUUCCAAACUUUACAGAAGCUCUCCUGCGAACCUUUUUUCUAAAUGCUUUAAAAUUCCUGAUGUGUUGUGUGAUGGUGUGCAUCUGUGGUAUAACUAUUAGGAACUUGAAGAAGCAGUUGUUCGUUUGGUAUAUCUUUAAAACAUAACUGUAAUUUUAUAUAAUUCUUUAAAAAUAACUGUAAUUUUAUAUAAUAAAAUUACAUUUUAUGUUACUGUAA